UUGAGCAGGAUCGGUGUCGGCGGGGAGUCUGGCUCCGCGCACGGGUCCGGAAUGCGGGGGGAGUUCUGCCGCUGCCGCUGAAACCGAUCAAGAGGGGCGACCCAGCUCGCCGUGUUGUCUGGCGUGGGCUGUUACCGCCGCCCGGGGCGUGUUUGCAGAGACAGCGGGACUGACAGCGGAGCGGCCGAGCAGCUACGCGGCUACAGCGGCUAGGCUAACCUGCAGCCUCCUGCUGACGUCACUGGUACACUGCACUCCGCGGUGUCGCGGUGUUCGAGACUCCUGCGCUGCAGCAGCUCCAGCAACAAUCAUCAUCCAUGCAGUUAUCACCCAUGCUGCCCGGGAGCAGAGCUGCAGUCCUCUGGUGAGACCCGGAGUCGGUGUGUGUUGAUCCACUGGAGACGGUGAAGAGCGUGAUCUUUAUCCUGCAUAGACAAGUGCCAAAAGAGGAACAGGAUGCCUAUUCCUCCCCCUCCCCCUCCUCCCCCUGGACCCCCGCCUCCCCCAACCUUCAGUCAGGCGAACACGACUCCUCCAAAACUAAGUAGUAAUGAGGCAAAAGGCAGAGGAGCGCUGCUGUCGGACAUCUGCAAGGGAGCCAAGCUGAAGAAGGCUGGUGUUGUUAAUGACCGCAGUGCUCCCGUUAUAGAGAAAUCAGGUGGUGGUGGUGGAGGAGGAGGAGGCGGGGGAGGAGGAGGAGGUGGUGGUGGUGGUGGUGGUGGUGGAGGAGGUUUUGCAGGUGGAGGGCCAAUGGGAAUGGGAGGACUUUUCCAAGGAGGUGUGCCCAAACUGCGCCCAGUAGGAGACGGGUCAGUGGGCAGAUCUGCCCUGCGGCCCCCGGGGUCCCGGCCUGCAGCCUCGCGCCCCAACGUGGGCCGCUCCACCUCCCCUUCCCCAGCCAACAAGCCCUCUCCACCGGAGCACCAGCGCGGCCACCGCCCGUCCCUGCCCGACUUAUCCAACCCCAGCAGCAGCAGCGGCAUGAAGCACAGCACCUCUGCACCGCCCCCCCCUCCACCCUUUAACAGAGGAAACAGAGGGAACGCUCCCCCGACCCCUAACCAGAAAGCACCCGCUCCACCUUCAACAUCCUCCUCCUAUAGCAGAGAGAAACCCCUCCCUCCAACGCCCAGCCGGGGCCCGACCCCAUCCAGCACGGUCAAGCCGCCUCAGUCUUCCAGCAGGCCGCCCACCAGCGGCUCCUCCGCCCCCCCUCCCCCUCCACCGUACCGACCGCACUCAGUGAUCUCCAAUGGACCCUCUCAUUUGGAUGGAGGUGGAGCUCCGGAGCUUCCCCAGAGACACAACUCCCUGAACAAAAAGCAUGCACCAGGAGGACGCAGCCACGCCCCGCCACCCCCACCGUCCCCGUCUCCAUCGGCCCAGCAGGGCAGCAGACCCCCCCCACCUGCCAGAGAUCCACCUGGACGCAGAGCAGCUCCUCAGGUGCCGCCUCCUGCAUCUCGUAACGGCGGCCGGGACGCUCCUCCUCCCCCACCGCCGUAUCGUGGCCACAGCACUGCUCUUUCUGAGCCGCACGGCCGGGCAGGAAAACCUCCUCCUCCUCCUCUCUCCUCUUCAUCCUCCUCCAUCACCUCCAGCUCCCGUACCCCGGCUGGACCUCCUCCUCCUCCCCCGCCCAUCCGCAACGGACAUUCCUCCUCCAAAUCCAUCAUAGAUGAGUUUGAAUCCAAGUUCAACUUCCAUCCGAUUGAAGAUCUUCCCCCUCCAGAGGAGUACAGGCCGACUAAUAAGAUCUACCCCAGCAAAAGCAACAAGGCCAUGGUGAGAGGAGCUCCUCCCGCGCCGCCAGUAGCCAGGUGAACGGACCUAAGCUCAGGACUUUACCUCUACCGGCCGACCCGAUGGACGCUUGGAGGGGAGUGGCCAAGAAGCACUCAAGUCACAAACACAAAACACACACUAACACUAAAGCACAAGUCAAACGCACAGUGGUGAAUGCAAACAUAAAGGUGUGACACUACUCUGCAGUCACCGUCUGUCUUUGCACAAGAAAGGAAAAAAGAAAACCACUGAAGGAGGAGGCGAGGAACACACGACCUCUCGGACUGUGGCCAAAAUGACUCCUGCGCUGAUGGGAUGCCAAGACCUCUGUGUGACGCCACACAUCGGGACCAAAUUUCAAACACUUCCAAACCUCUGCAUUCCAGCAUUUUUGUGCUUAUUCAUAAUAAUCAGAAUAAUAGUUAUGACUUCCAUCAAUCUGAACAACACUUUAUUUAUAGGUUGUUUUUUUUUUUUUUUUUGGUGUCGGCAUUAAUUUGUGGGAAGGGGAAAAAAAUCUUUUGGGUGAAAACAAUUUCAGCAGAUGCAGUUUUGUUUGUAUUUUUCUUCUUUUUUUUUUUUUUCUUGGUCUGCCAUCUCCCAUCCAGUCGUGCCAUGGAAAGGUGCAUUUGAACACCCCCUUUUCUCAAAGUGUGCCAAAUCUGAUGGAGUCGCACCGAUUGCAACAAAUUUUGUUCAAAGUUGUCUUGUGUAAGUGAGAGUUUCUCAUUUGCUCCAGGCAAAGCACAGGCCUACCAAGCUCUUGCUUCUACAUUUGGAGAGGAAAUGUCUCUGGAUAAUUUACCCUCCACAUCAUUUGUUUUAGACUGUUCACAAUUCCAUCUUCUGGCGACGUUGCACAGCAGCUUCGCUGCAAACGGACUCACUGUGCAUGAUGCUGAUUCCAUGCACUCAAAACUUCAGGAUUUCAUUCACCUCGAUGUAAGAUGGAAAAAAAAAAAAAGAGGAAAAAAAAAAGCUAAGAAUGUUCAGAGGAUAUUUCUGACAAACUUAAUGAUGUGGCCAGCAUCACUGCUCUGGCUGACUGAGCUUCUCUGUGAAAACACUAAAUGGUUCGUUUACUCGACCAAGUUGAGAUGAUUUUGCUUCAGUUCUUCAGAGCAGUUUGGAGUUUACAAGGGAUCUUUUUCUUUUUCUUUUUCUACAGAAAUCUUCCAGGGACAUUGAUCUAAAAGCUAUUAUUACUUCUACCUUUGCUGCUGGUGGGUGUUUUUGUUUGUCAUUUUUAAAAGGGGGACUGACUGGUCAGAUGGAAAUGUUGCUGUUUUGUUUCGUUGCUAUGCAAAGAGCAGUUUGGUUGUAGAUGGUAGCAGCUAACAAAGAACACUUAAGUGCCACAUAACUGUUAAAAAAAACAGAUGGAGGUUCUGUUCUCUCUUUUUUUUUUUUUUUUUAAAUGAACCGUUAAGCUUCACUUUAAGACACUAAUGACAUCACAUUGAAAUGACUCUACCCUGGAAGAAAAAGAGGAGAAGAGAUGCUGGUGGAGGUCCGAUUGUCCUGUUUUCAGUGAUGCAGCCUUCUGCUGAUUUAUGCCUUACAUGAAAAUCUCUCACCCUCAUUGGUACCAGUGCUUUUAAUUUUUUGGGUCUUUUUCCAGGGGAAGAUGAUGACAAAGUAAAUAAACAUGUCUAUUUGAAAAUGCAAUAAAUAUUGUAUAUUUACACUAAGGAAUAUGGUAAACAUAGUUAUUGAUCUAUUUUUAUGCUGUAAAAAGUUUGUAAUAUAGGAAAGGAGAAUGAUUCAGAUUUAUAACGAUGUCCCAGUCAGUGAGCUCUAGUUUGAUAGAGCAGACCUUUGACCGUAGGGAGAAUGAGCUGCUUAUAAGAUGUUUGAUUUGACCAACAAGCGCUGAGGGCAUCUGUUUUCUACAAAUCCAGUUGGUAAAUGUGUUGAAGGUGAGUGGUGAAUGUUGGUGAGCGACACCCACUAAUGGACCUGCACUUCCUUCACUGGAUGCACUCACCCUGACACCCGGGUCACCCGUCACAUCUGGCUCCUCAUUGGCCGCUCUGACGAGCAUCAACCCUGUGGUCCUUUCAUGUUAAUCAACUGUUGUUUUUUUUGUUUUUUUUUUUCAUUUGAAAUUUCAAAUAAAUAUAUUACUAUUGUGGGAGGAAAGGA